AUGUGUGAAAAACAAUUAGAACACGAACGUGAGAUAUGUUAUGGUUGUAGAGAUUCUCCAUACGAACUAGACCAAUGGGAACAAGAAGAUUUAAAGAGAGAAUUUAGAGAAUAUGAACUCGCUAAGAUAGCAUUAGAAACUGCAGAAAAGAAGUUAAAAGUUUGGGGUCGUUUUGUACAAAAAUAUUGUGAGUAA